AUGACGUUGAUGGCACCGAUGGCGGCUAUGAUGUUUAUUAAGAUGAGGAUGCUGAUGAUGAUGAUGAUGAUGGUGAUGGUGAUGAAGGAUAUGAGUAACGGAUGGGAGAUGGGGAAAGGAAUGGAAAAGGAGAACGGGAAGAGGAAAACGAUUGGCAAAGGGGAAUAUGAGAUCUGUUAUAUCAUGCAGUUUGCAAAAAGACGGAAUUGGCUGAGUGAAAGUGUUGCGAGGCUUUGA